UGUUAUGGUUGCCACUGGGGUGUUGGGUAGAGGAGUUGAUCUGCUGUGUGUAAAACAAGUGAUAGUGUUUGACAUGCCAAAUUCCAUUAAGGAGUAUGUGCAUCAGAUCGGAAGAGCGUCUAGAAUGGGAGAGGAAGGUGAAUCAAUCGUAUUCGUUAAUGAGGAGAAUAAGAAACUAUUUCCAGAUUUGGUUGAUACCCUCAAAUCGUCUGAAGCCUCCAUUCCGCCCGAGCUGUCUAAUUCGAAGUACACCAUUGGCUCUCUCUCUGGUGGCAGGUAUCAUCAGAAGAAAAGGAAGAGAUUCAAUUGAAGUAAGCUGUGUGUGUUCAUUGUAUUUUCUCAUGUGCUGAUUGGCCUAUACCUUAUACGCAUUUUCUGGGAUCUGAACGGAGGACCCUAUGACCCAUAAAAGAACAGCACCUUUUUAGUUAUGGUUGCUAAAGUGUCUUGCUGAUGAUGAAAGUUAUCACUAAUGGGAGGUCCUGAGUUAUAUUAUUUGAUGGGAGUUCCGAAUGAGCUGCCAACUGACAGAUAAUGAGAAGCAGUCAGGACACAAUCUGAGGUAGCGGAUGGUGCCCAGUGAGCUCAACUACAACUCUUUGCUCAUUACCAAGGGAAUGGACUUCACAACGGUGACCAGCCCGCAGAUAAUGAGGCUCAACAGGAUGAAGUGAGGAAGGGGGAGCUGGUGUAUGGAACAGGGGGGUCCACCCGUCCAGACUGUACCCAUGCAUGUGGGCCCUGCUCUCCAUGCAAGAGGGUCAUGGUCAGCUUCAAGUGCGCAGCUGCUGAGUCUUGCCCCGUUGUUUACCGAUGCUCCUGCAGAGGGAAAUACUAUCAUGUUCCUUCCAAUUAAUCACGCUACUUAAUUACUUUAAUUUUUCACAUUAGCUAUCUAGUUCCAGACUUGAGUAUUUAAUUUUAUUUUGUCUGCUUUAAUUUGUAGUGUUAGUUAGUUAGUUGUACGUAGCCAAUUAAUUCCCACUAUAUAUAAUUAAGUUCGUGUAGCAGUCUUUAAUUUAGUUUGUUGCUCCAUAAUUGGCAGAGGACGAUUUUCCAUGUAAUCUUAGUGAACAAGAUCAACGUGUAAUUGGGAUUAACCCUCUCGGGUUUUGAAUCAACUCUUUGUCCAAGUUUAAAUAUUAAUUCAAAUUAGUGAGAGAGAGUUGAGCUGAU